AUGACACUGACUUUUGUGGGCACUGGAGAUGAACAGAAAGCCCACAACCCAGGCAGAAGAGGACCAGCUGCCCUCAGAUCCCUUAUGAAACUCAAGAUUGUCAAAAAGAGGACCAAGAAGUUCAUUCUGCACCCGUCACACCAAUAUGUCAAAAUCAAGCCUAACUGGCAGAAACCCAGAGGUAUUAACAACAGAGUUUGUAGAAAGCUCAAGGGCCAGAUCUGGAUGCCCAAUGUCGGUUGUGGGAGCAACAGAAAAACAAAGCACAUGCUGCCCAGUGGUUUCCGGAAAUUCCCGGUCCACAAAAUCAAGUUGCUGGAAGUGCUGCUGAUGGGCAACAAAUCUUACUGUGCUGAGAUUGCUCACACUGUUUUCUCCAAGAACCGCGGAGCCAUCAUGGAAAGAGCCACUCAGCUGGCCAUCAGAGUCACCAACCUCAAUGCCAUACUGUGCAGCAAAGAAAAUGAAUAG